GGGGUCGCGGUCGGGUCGGGUCGGGUCGGGGUCGUCCGGGGCAGCUGGCGCUACUCGGCAUCCGCGGCCGGGCCAUGGCGGCGGAGGCGCGCGUGUCGCGCUGGUACUUCGGCGGGCUGGCCUCGUGCGGGGCCGCCUGCUGCACGCACCCGCUGGACCUGCUCAAGGUGCAUCUGCAGACGCAGCAGGAGGUGAAGAUGCGCAUGACGGGCAUGGCACUGCAGGUGGUACGCUCUGACGGCGUCCUGGCGCUCUACAACGGCCUGAGUGCCUCCCUGUGUAGACAGAUGACCUACUCCCUGACUCGGUUUGCCAUCUAUGAGACUGUGCGAGACCAUGUGACCAAGGGCAGCCAGGGGCCCCCACCUUUCUACAAGAAGGUCUUGCUGGGCUCCAUCAGUGGUUGCAUCGGAGGCUUUGUGGGGACUCCCGCGGAUAUGGUCAACGUCAGGAUGCAGAAUGACAUGAAGCUGCCCCAGAAUCAGCGCCGAAACUACGCCCAUGCCCUGGAUGGCCUGUACCGCGUGGCCCGCGAAGAGGGUCUGAAGAAGCUCUUCUCGGGCGCGACUAUGGCCUCCAGUCGAGGGGUAUUUGUCACCGUGGGCCAGCUGUCCUGCUAUGACCAAGCCAAACAGCUGGUUCUCAGCACAGGGUACUUGUCUGACAGCAUCUUCACGCACUUUGUUGCCAGCUUCAUCGCAGGUGGUUGUGCCACAUUCCUGUGCCAGCCCCUGGAUGUGCUGAAGACCCGCCUGAUGAACUCCAAGGGCGAGUAUCAAGGUGUUCUCCACUGCGCCAUGGAGACCGCGAAGCUCGGGCCACUGGCCUUUUACAAGGGCCUCUUGCCUGCCGGCAUCCGCCUCAUGCCUCACACCGUGCUCACGUUUGUGUUUCUGGAACAGCUUCGAAAACACUUUGGCAUCAAAGUGCCAUCUUAACUGGGCCAUGGGAGCGGGCUGGGCCACCCCUGGCCCCCAGUGCCAGGUUCUUCCAGAGUCCGGGAGGGUCACGGGACCGAGUGCUGCCCUGAGCCCACCUCCAGCCCCCGCCCUCGCCAGCCCAGGACCUCCCCCAGCCGGGCUCCUGCCCCCACCCAGCCUGCCAGGGCCAGAGCUCAUUCCACUGACUUUCAUCCCUCCAGCCCCCACCUGAGCACCUCAGGCUCUGCCCACCUAGCGUUCCAGCCACCCUCCCCUGCGCCCUGAUGACUCACUUGGUGGGGCAGGCUGUCCAGGCUUUCUGGGGUCUGGGGUCCCCUGCCCCUUCUCCUCCAGCCCUCUGGGUUUCUUCCUUUCAUGCACAGCUGCCUAGGGCCCACAGCACCAUCUUCCAGCAGCUUCCUUUGAGGACCUGGAUGGCAGAGUAGGGGGUUGCUCACCAAAUUAUGUGUGCGCACAUGCACUUUUAUCUGAGGAGAGGGACCAUAGCUUUCAUGACGUUCUCAAA